GAGAAAUAAUAUGAUGAUAAAUAUAGAAAUAUAUAGAAUAAAUGUGAGAUAUUUAUCGUGUGUGUAAUUCGCGACUAAAAACUGAGAUUUUCCUGUAUUUACCAAGAAAAUCAUUAGCAUUAGCAGCGCACGUCAUCGGAUUUUAAUACGUAAGAAUGUGAUGUGUAGUUAAAGCACAUAUAGUAAUAUCAAACUUGCGACGUGUAACUGAAGUCUAUAGAUUGGAUUAAAUAACGACCUUGAUGACGUAGGCGGUUGUCUGCGCUAGUGCAUUAACUGAAGUCAUAAUGGUCAAUGCACUUCAAAGCAGUUAUAAGCGGUUUCGAACUUACACGGCCCUAUGGGAUCGAUUAAUUAUCAAUCAAAAUGCAGGGCCAUAACGAUGAAAAUCUUUCAGGUUCCCAAGGAGCUAUUGUUAAUUACAUAAAAAUAAAUGCGAUCGAUCACAUUUAUUUUUACAUAAUCCCGUUAUUGCUCAAUAUGUCAGUGAUAUAAAAGAAAAUUUCAAUAUCGCGAUCGCUAAUUAGAAUUAAUUACCGGAGAUUAUUAAAAUAAAGCGAAUUCGAAGUCGUUGAUCGUUGAUAUUCCGUAAUGGCAGAGAUAUGGAGAACUUUUAUUUCUUUGGCUUGGAUGAACUUUGUUCUCAUAAAUGAUGAUGAUGAACAUAUAAUUAAUAGCAUUUGCUUCAUUGUCAGAUGUAAUGUAUUGAAUUCGGAUCGCUAGAAGCUGCUAGAAGCUGAAAGUUUGAGCCGAUUUUAAUGAAUCGCGACACUGAACUUAAAAUUAAAGGUUACAACACUGUCAGGGUCGUUCUCCGUGAUUGUAGGAAGUUCUUUUUAUGGUUUCUGCGGCAUAGAAGAAUAUCUGCAGCUGGUACGGAAGGAUGAAUUUAAUGUCAGUCGCAAAUAUUUUAAGCGAAGCAUUUUGUAAACUUCGAAAUAUAUUGAUAAAGUUUAUCGUUACUGUUCGAUAAUUUUAUUAUCGUCCAACAUACGUCCUUAUCUUGAUUAGGAUACUUAUAUUAUACGAUCGCUAAUUGUAUACUUAAAAAUGUUAAUGAAUGAGAAUGGAUAAAUAUUCGUAUGAUCGUGGAUAAUUAGAAAUUGUUUAAUGAAUAAUUAGAUGUAACACCCUCUAGUGGAGUAACGAAAAAUACUGUAAAUGAAUGGACGUAUAGAAACUGCGAAGAAUACAUAGAAGCCGGACAUUUAUGAAACGUCAGACUUAGAAUUAAAUCACAAUCUUGCAGUAUUUUACGCAUGUAAAACUGUAAUUACAGUAUGACAGCAGUACAUAUUAAUACUGCCUGAAAAUAAGGCAACAUCGACAGAAUGACUGAAGGAGGAGAAACGCAACCAGCUCCUGGAAAUGAGGCACAGCCUGAAGCCUCUGAAGCCAGAGUCGUACAUGGUGAAGGACUACACGAAGCAACAGCGGAAUCAUCUCAAAGUGUGCCUGAACCGAAUUCAGAAUUAUUAUUGACUGUUCAUGGAGCUACGCAAGGAGAGAGCAGUGAUGCUGUUAGCAUACACACUGCCAGCACUUCAGUUUCCGGCAAUGAAUCAAGUUCCAGUAGAAUGAGUGCGAUAACUGUUGUGCUGCCUUGGGGUGCUCAGAAGGAAACAGUAAAACCGCAACAACUAGGAGACAUGGAUUUAAGACCUGGAGAAUUCGUGAUGCGUACUCUGUUCGCAGAGUACACGUCUCAAGCUGAGAAGAAGAUGGAUGCAGUGAUGACUGAACAUGAGAAGCAGUUGUCGAAAGUUUUACAAAGAGGGGAAGAUGCACAGUUCGAUCAGUUGCUGUCUGCGUUCGGUUCAGUUGCGGAACAUUGUUUGCCUUCUAUUUUACGUGCGCUGUUUAAUUGGUACGAACGUCAAUUGGUUGACCAAGGUAGCGAUCAAAAGAAACCUGCUCCUGGGAAAGAAGAUCAAAAAGGAAAAAGCAUCAUGUAUACGAUAGUAUCAGGGAGCGUGGAAACAGUCGAAAGAAGCGAAGCUGAUUUACUUCAAGAGCGACGUGAUCUCGCAGUGGAAUUUAUAUUUUGUUUAAUGUUAAUAGAAGUUUUACGCCAGUUACCUUUUCAUCCCGGUCACGAAGAUUUAGUGACUUAUAUAGAAAAUAUAGCCUUCAAGCAUUUUAAAUAUAGAGAAGGUAUUCAAAACGAACCGAAUGCAGCAAACAUUCAUAUUAUUGCUGAUCUGUACGCGGAAGUGAUAGGAGUCCUUGCACAAUCUCGAUUUAUGUCAGUCAGGAAACGAUUUAUGAUUGAACUGAAAGAGUUACGUGCUAAAGAACCAGGACCUCAUACCACGCAGAGUAUCAUUUCGUUACUAAUGGGGAUGAAAUUCUUUCGAGUGAAGAUGGUACCGAUAGAAGAAUUUGAGGCCUCGUUUCAGUUCAUGCAAGAGUGUGCACAGUAUUUUUUAGAAGUAAAAGACAAAGAUGUCAAGCAUGCUUUGGCUGGACUCUUCGUUGAGAUACUUGUUCCUGUCGCUGCUGCAGUGAAAAAUGAAGUUAAUGUACCUUGUCUAAAGAAUUUUGUGGAAAUGUUAUAUUCUACAACGUUAGAUAUGUGUACAAAGUCGAAGCAUAGAUUGGCUCUCUUUCCUCUCGUGACUUGUCUGUUGUGCGUCAGCCAGAAAACGUUUUUCUUACAGAAUUGGCAUUACUUUUUAGCGAUGUGCCUGUCGCAUUUGAAAAAUCGUGAUCCCAAGAUGUGUCGCGUUGCCUUGGAGGCGUUGUACCGAUUACUUUGGGUGUACAUGAUACGCAUUAAGUGCGAGAGUAAUUCAGCUACGCAAAGUAGGCUGCAGAGCAUAGUGAACUCCUUGUUUCCGAAAGGUUCAAAGGCGGUAGUGCCACGCGACACUCCGUUGAAUAUUUUUGUAAAAAUCAUCCAAUUCAUUGCACAGGAGAGAUUAGAUUUUGCAAUGCGAGAAAUAGUGUUCGACUUGUUGUCCGUGGGCCGACCGGUGAAGAUAAUUUUAACACCCGAACGUAUGAGCAUCGGGCUCCGAGCGUUUUUAGUUGUUGCCGAUAGUUUGCAACAAAAGGAGGGAGAACCCCCUAUGCCUCGUACAAUGGGCGUAUUACCAAGCGGUAAUACUGUACGCGUCAAAAAGACGUUUUUGAACAAGAUGUUGACAGAAGAUACUGCAAGGAGUAUAGGAAUGUCUUCGUAUUUUCCACACGUUCGACGAGUAUUCGUCGAUAUAUUACGCGCUUUAGACGUUCAUUACGGGAGACCUCUUAUGAUGACGAGUACUCAGAAUAUGAACAAAGAACCGGACGAGAUGAUCACUGGAGAACGAAAGCCUAGAAUAGAUCUUUUCCGUACGUGCGUGGCUGCGGUUCCCCGUUUGAUACCCGACGGAAUGACCGGCGCCGAACUGGUCGAUCUGUUAUCGCGGCUGACCGUUCACAUGGACGAAGAACUUCGCGGAUUAGCCUAUCAAAGUUUACAAACGUUGGUGUUGGACUUUCCUGACUGGAGGCAGGACGUUGUCUUAGGAUUCACUCAGUUCCUUGCCAGAGAUGUUCAAGACACUUUUCCUCAGCUCGUCGACAACGGCUUAAGAAUGCUUCUGCAACUCCUUACAAGUUGGAAGAACGCGCUGGCGAGUCCUAGUAUAAGAUCGAAAGAACAGUCGGUAGAUAACGCGAGGACUAACACACGCGUGGAUGGUAUCAUUAAGAAGAGCGAAUCGGGACAGAAAAUAGAACCCGUUUCAAGCGUCUUUCACUUGGUCGAAGGAUUCGCGUUGGUCAUGCUUUGCAAUUGUCGCCUUUGUCCCAGAAGAAUAGCCGUUCAUAUAUUGCGGGAAGUUAAACAUCUGUUGAAGACAUUAGGAGGUCUAGAAGACGAUCAACCAGUGAUCGACGUGAUAGACGCUUGCUGUCCAGUGGUUUUAGAAAAGUGUUAUCACAUGUUGCCGCCUGCUGAGAAAGCAGCGGCGGCUUCGACUUCUAACGUCGAUCUUCAAUGGAUAGCCGAAAGAAGUAGCUGUGUAUGGACAGCAGGCCUUCACGAUGAUACUAGCACAAAGAGUUCUUCCUCUCUGAAUCUGAAUGGAGCAGAUCCAUGGGGAAGUUGUUUGUUCGCGUUUUUAGAGAAAGAUAGAGUGCUCACACUGUGUCCCGCUGCCGUUGCACAUUCGUGGCCUAUCGUUUUUACUCGAAUAAACUCGCUAUUUUCAGUAAUUGAUCCUACGCCCGUGAACGACAAUAGAGCUUCGCUUUUAAGAAGCUCCACCGCGGUUCGGAAGCCGGUAAACGAGAGGGACAUGUACAUGCACGUGUGGAAGAAUUAUUUGACCUUCGGAUACAGAGUCGUCCCCCCGGUACCGAGCCCUGUCGUCCGAUGCGCCAGUCCAGAUCUCAGUCUCAGUGGUCAGCAUACGGAGUUUGGUGUGUUGUGCAUGAGUAAGGAGUUGAGUCAGAGCCUGGAGAAUCUCGGCGGGGCACAGACCCUGCCGGGUCGCUUCUCCGUUCCGUCCAUUUCCGGCAUCUACACCAGGCAUAAGCGGACCAGCUCGUCGCCGGACAGUCUAUCUGCUGAACGAGGUGACAACAAGUCACCCGGCACAAACGCCAGUCCUGCAGCUUUGUACAAAUUAACGAUACCUCUGUUGAGAUGCGAGGUAGUGGACGUUAGAGAUGCCGCCGUCCAAGCAAUUGGAAAAGUAAACGCCGAUGCGUUGAAAGAUUUAAUGGAGGAACUAGUCCCUUACAUCCGCGAGGCGGUUGAUCGCAAGCAAGAGAAUAUGCGACGUAGGAGAAGAAGGGAUGCAUUGAGAUUACAAUUAGUAAGAGUAUUGGAAUUAAUUGCUGAAUACGGAACGUUUGGAAUCUGCCCCGCAGUAUUGGACCGGGAAACACAAUCGCUCCAUCCAACGUUCGUCGAAUACAUCGACGGCGCCCGUUUGUAUUUGGAAAACGAAACUGACAAAGAAGCCCCUGCGGUUCGUGACAUUAAAUUACAUUUUUGUAAUUUCAUCAGAAAAAUGAUUAAAAGUUUUUCAUUGGAGACAUGUCACACGUUACUAAAAAGGGAUUUGAGACGAAACUUGUUUAUGCUCUUUGCCAGCUGGGCGGGCCCUUACGGAAGACCGCUCGCGACCACGUCUUCGCUGCAAGAAGAAGAAAAGUCUUGCACCGAGUUACAACUCUCGGCUUUGCAAGCUAUGAGCGGAUUGUUAUGCUGUGGGCCUUGUUUUAAUCCCCAAUCGCUCUCCGAAGAGGGAGCGAUACUGUACCAAUGGUUAGAUUUACUAUUAGCCAGCAAAGAUGAGAAAAUCUACGCCCUCGCCCGAGAAACAGUGGUUUUGUUAUUGGAAUGUAAUCCCGAUAUCGGGAUACUUUUGGAUUGGAUAGUCGACCGAUGCUAUACCGGAGCACCGCAAGUAGCUGACGGCUGCUUCCUGGCCUUGGCAACAAUUUUUAGCGCAAGAGAAUAUCCUUGCGAUCAUUAUACGAGUAUCAUCAACGUUACUCUAAUGAGUACGGGUUGUCCCCGCGCGCCCGUUCACGACGCGGCUCUCCAGCUUCUUCAAUUGUUGGACCAACGAUUCUUCGGAAACGUCGGCCCGCUCCCAGCUACUGAACUGGAAACCAGUCAGGAUGACCCUGUUGGCGGUUCAUCAACCACAGCCACUUCUGCUCCGGGGCAACAAAGUAAUCCCAUCGGCGGAAUGUCAUCGAGCGGUACAGUUAGGGGUGGCACCCUCGAUGUACUUCUAUCGACCACGUAUUGUCGCAAUCAAAUGUAUCUUUCCCGGCAACUGGCUCAACUCCAUCCGGAGUUAACGAUGCCCAUGUUCAGUGAAAUCACACACAGAUUUCAAACAGCGAGGAGAGAAGUCCGGCAACUCUUACUCCAGUAUUUGUUACCCUGGUUGCACAACAUGGAACUGGUGGACCCAAACGUGCCUCCACCCUCUAAUCCGAUGAGUUAUUAUCAGUAUUACGCGAGCGAUAUGUCACGCGGUGGAGCACGCAGGGAGGGCUGGGGUAGCGCCGAAGCGACGGAGAUGGUGUUGAACAAUUUAUUUUAUAUAACUGCCAAGUUUUCUGAUGAGCACCCUAAAGAAAUGGAAGAGCUUUGGGCAACCUUGUGCGGUUGUUGGCCCAACAAUUUAAAAGUAAUCAUUCGUUAUCUAAUUAUCGUCUCUGGAAUGGCACCACAAGAACUCCUUCCAUAUGCGAAACGCGUCGUUUUGUAUUUAGCCAGAGCGCGGCCGGAUCGUUUGGUAGACGAGAUGAUGACUGAACUACAGACAGUAGAAACGUUAAAUUGUUUGAUCGAAAGGACUGAAACUCCGCCUUUUUAUAGACUGACUAGUAUGCGAAAAGCUUCUUCUCAUAGCGACGCUCCCGUCGCUGAUCCUGGCAACCCUCCGCGUGAUUUAAGUGUCGAGAAGGGUACCAUCCAUACCAAAAGGCAUUCGGGCGAGGAUCCUGUUAAGACGGGUUCUAAAUCCGACACCGCGUUGCGCGCGCUCGCUGGAUUUCAAACCCCAAGGGCAGAAAAAACAAGGACUGCGAGCGGUCCGCCGGUUCUUCCGGACGAUCUGUCCACUCCUACGACGGAAGCCGAGUUAACCACCGAUGAAUCUUGUUAUGGCGCGAGAAACGGUCCCACGGUGAACGGAAAAAUCUCCUGCGGUGGAGAGAAGUUCGAUAUUCCUCAACCACAUCCUUUACCGAUGCCGGAGUAUGGCGGUUAUUUCGCGCCUCUUACAGAAUAUCUGCCUGACAGUUCGCAACCCAUAAGCGGAUUCCAUAGAUGCAAUAUUGCGGUGAUGCUGCUGACCGAUGUCGUAGUCGACGGCAUACAGCUCGACUGGGCGAUACACGUUCCUUUAAUGUUACACAUAGUGUUCCUCGGGUUGGACCAUUCGAGGCCUCUCGUAAGGGAUCACUGUCGUUGUCUUUUAUUAAAUCUGUUAGUCGUCCUUGGGGACCAUCGAGAUCAUCUCGGCGUAGCGCGGGUAUUGCUGGCAUCAAAGACUGAACAAUUGGGCUUAGGUCUCUCCACCCCGGCUUUGCCGGUGCUAGAGCACAAUUUCACCGAGGUCGACCCAGAGUUUGACAGUUAUCUAUACGGUCCGCCACCAGCACCACUUCCUACGACGCCUCCCCCGUCUUCUUCACCGCCACCGCCGUCGUCUUCUCCACCACCGCCGCCGCCACCACCACCUCCUCCACCACCUCCGUUACCACCGCAACCACCAGAAUCCUCCUUAGUCAAUGCGGCUCCACCGCCACCACCGCCACCUCCACCACCGCCUCCGUUACCGACUUCCAACAACGGGACACCUACACAUUCACCUGUCCCUAACUCAACGUCCACGCCUCCCUCAUCAAUGAGCCACGUGAAUCAAUCUGUCACGGACAACUUGAAAGAUUAUUCGAAUUCUCAUGCAUACGAUUCUACAAUGUGCAACAAUUCGACUCCGCCACCGGGACACGCAACGGUCCCUGUUAUAGUCACGCCCGAAGAUGCGAAUAACUGGGUUGGUCCGCAACCAGGUCCGAACAUGCCGAUCCAAGACGUGAUCAAGUCUUUGAUCAAUUUCCUAGCAUCUAGAACGAAUCAACCAUUGUGGAAUUACGAAGACAUGACCGCGAAAGUAUGGUGGGUUCGCAGUGCCGAACAAUUGACAGUAUUAUUGCGACACGUGCUGCGGGUCUUUAGAGACUCGUUGCCUCACGCGCUGGUCAGCCAACGAUGGGCGCAAACCGCGUUGCAGUUAGGUCUAUCCUGUUCGUCUAGACACUACGCGGGGAGGUCUCUUCAAGUAUUCAGAGCGUUACGAGUUCCUAUCACUUCGCGAAUGUUAUCCGAUAUCUUAUCCAGAUUGGUAGAAACAGUCGCGGAACAAGGAGAGGAUAUGCAGGGCUACGUAACGGAAUUGUUGCUGACGCUCGAAGCAGCGGUCGACUCGCUGGAAUCUGAUUUUAGACCCCUAGAUUUCAUGAAAGAGAUAUUUAAAUCUACUCCGAACUUGAACAACAAAGAUCCAGCCGCGGGUGGCUUAGUCGGUGGGAAACGAAGUCCGGGAGGAAAUGGGUAUCCAACUGGUCCGCAUUUGUUCUCUCAUCUAAACCAAGGUGGUCAUACGAGAAGUACCAGCUACUCGGUCAGUUAUUGUAUGAAGAAAUCGAGCGGCGGUAAUUCGGUGGCAACCGAAAUGAAAGAAUUGGACAACAGAUGUAAUAAAUAUCCGAAUUCGAAUCUCUCGCGAUCGAGAUCGGCUCAGUCUUUAAAGCUACUGGGAGAUUCCGCCACGCAAGAUGAUAAGAUGACCAUAUUAGCACAGUUGUUCUGGUUAUCUGUAUCGUUACUCGAAUCGGAUUACGAACACGAGUUUCUUUUGGCGUUAAGAUUGCUCAGCCGCGUGCUGCACAGAUUGCCUUUGGACCGGCCGGACGCUAGAGACAAAGUCGAAAAAUUGCAGCAGCAGUUAAGAUGGAACUCGUUCCCCGGGGUACACGCGUUACUUCUGAAAGGGUGUACCAGCCCGAACACGUACGAACCGGUCGUCACAUUACUAUCUCAAUUCACACCUUUAUUAGACUUGCCAGUCGUCGAUCCGACUCAAAGUCUCGCGUUCCCGAUGAACGUCGUGUCGCUGCUUCCCUACAUGCUUCUGAAUUACGAAGACGCUAACGAAUUGUGCAUCAGAAGCGCGGAAAAUAUUGCACAAGUAAGUGCCGAGAAAGGGAAGAAGUUAGAGAACUUAGGUACGGUGAUGACACUGUACAGCCGACGUACUUUCAGUAAAGAAAGCUUUCAAUGGACCAAGUGCGUGGUCAAGUACUUGUAUGACACGUACGCUCAUCUCAGUUUCAAUAUGCUCGCUUUCUUAGUGGAGGUUUUGGAAAAAGGACCGGGAAGCGUUGCGUUACCCGUUCUGAGUAUUAUUCAUUGCAUGUUGCAUUACGUUGACCUGGCUACGCAAGCGGCGCAGCCGAUCAACACGGAACUCCUCAGAGUGAUCUCGAAAUACGUCGAGGGUCCUCAUUGGAAAGAAGCUCUUAAAAUAUUAAAGCUCGUAGUCACGAGAUCGUCGACCUUAGUAGCACCACCUACAUCUAUGCACGGCUCGUCCUGGGAAUCUUCGAUAGCGUCCCCGCAUCCAAGCUUCACCGACACAGAGAUAUUUACCAAAAAAGAAUUACCCGGGAGGACUAUGGACUUUACGUUUGAUUUAUCGCAAACACCAGUGAUCGGCAGACGGUGGCUCAUACGCCAGGGCGUCGAAGAAAAAUCACUCAGCUCUCCCCGAUGUUCGUUAUCUCUCUCACCGGCGGACAGCAACGCGGUUUCGGGUUGGAAAAGACCGUGGAUGUCACAGGGACGUGUCAGAGAAUGCUUGGUCAAUCUUCUAACAACCUGCGGACAACGCGUGGGAUUGCCGAAGAGUCCGUCUGUGAUAUUCAGCCAAAGUUCGGACUUGAUGGAAAGACAAUCGUCCAUGGCUUCGUCGACGGAAGAAGUUUCCGGCGCGAAUAACGAUUUGAGCGGAGGUUCGAGAAGAGACGAUGAACAGUUCGGCGUGUUCAAGGACUUCGACUUCCUCGAAUACGAAAGCGAAAGUGUCGAAGGUGAGAGUACCGAUAACUUCAACUGGGGAGUGAGGCGUCGUCCUCUUAGCGAAGGAGAGGAAAGAGAACUGAGCCUGAGACAAUGCGAGGAGAGCUUGAGCGAGAAAACCCAAUCGUCUAGCAAACACACAAGCCGACGCGGAGUUGCGGAGGAGUCGUCGGAUGAUGAAGCUGGUUCGGAAUCACCAUUGGACGAAGUACCGGGUGGAUCGGGAACGGGACAGGAAGCGAACAACAUUCCUGGAAUGUUCCCACCGUCCUCCCUCUCUUUGAUACCCAGCCGCACGCGUCACGAUUCCUCAACAAGGUCUGACACAUCUGGUUCUAGCGCGGGAGAUUUAGGGGACGUGACGCCUUGCAAUGCGUCGCCGAACCUGUCAGCGUUGAUGCCGUUCAGGCAAGUCGUGAGGGACGAUGCGGAAGAGAUCUGGCGACAACAAAUUCAAAAUCUGAUCACGCAAUCCGUAUACAAUACUUUAGAUUUUUUUCAGCUACUGAGCAGAAUCCUAAGGGAUGUAAUCGGUAAAUCCGUUACUCUUACGCGCGAAGCUAGUGCCUUACUGUGCAACGCCAGUCCCGCUUCCACUCAAUUGGGCUAUCACUUAUCUAGUCAUGCCGAGUUGCUCAGUUCGAAAGCCGAGCCACCUUUGAUUUGGUUCUCGAUCGCUAUUUUUGCGAAUCAACGAUUAAACGAAUCAUUGCGAUUCGGAAUGUUGGAGAUUCAAGAGCAUCUCGAGACUUUCUUAGACAAGAAAGACCAUGCCACAGAAUGUUUGGAGGCCGCUAAAGCAGCGGCGAAACUGCAAUCGUUGGGUGGUAGUCACGCCACGGAGACUGGUCUCGAAGAGAUGCUUUUAGACCUGGGCAGGGCACUUUACAAGCUCCACCUUCAAUUGUUACUAUUGAUCGAAGCGUCAAAUAAGAUGCUAGGCACUCUUACGACUACUGUGAGGAACUCGCAAAUCCCGGUUCUAGAUAUGUCAGCGGAAAUCGCGAGAAUGAAGAUUGCUCUGAGCAGAGCUCUCGAAGAAAGUACAGAGAGUGAGAGAGGGACACCAACCCCGACGCCGAGUCCGAGCCCUUUGCCCGGAACCGGGGCUAUGGAGGAAGUAUCUCGGGUUGCCGAGUUGCUUAGGAACAUGAGGUGGUGUCCCGCUCUCGAGGCCGUGAGGCUGCACAGGGCUCAAUGGCCAGGAGAUCCGUUUCACGAUGACGACGACGUGACCACCGCUGUGAAUAUGUAUUGCAAGCACUUGGGGCAAGACAGAUCUGAUAUUUUUGUGGUUACACGGAAGGAUGACGAAAUGUCGGAGAUAUUCAGUAGACUGAUGGAAAGCUUGUUCCAAGUCCUAGCGGCUGUCACGGGUUUAGAGGCGUCGGCCAAGGCGGCCCGCGCUCAGCAGGAUCAUCCAGCCAACGCGAAAACCGAUUGUUAAUUUUAAUACUUGAUCGUGUAGAGAACUGUCUGUCGAAAUUCAAGUCUUCGUACAAUUUAAUAUAAUUGUACCGUGCGUUUUAUUAUCGUGUACCUUGUAGGUGUAUGUAUGUAUGUAUGUAACGUCGCGAAGUAAUCGUCGUAAACAGUAGGAGAAACACGCACGAGCGGAAGCACGAAGCCGGCGGUUUUGUCGUUUCUUUUUUUAACACGAGCGCAAUGACGUAUACGAAUUUGAUGAAAUAAAUUCAUAAAAGCUAAAAAUACA